CGGAAGUGUGUCCAAGACUGACAAAAGAAGGGUUAGGGUAAUCCGCCAAGCAAAAAGCCCAGAACGAUCAAGCAUUGCCAAGAGAUCCGAAAGCACUCCACGAACCACCACCACUAUCAGUCAAUGAUACCCAACUGCUGUCUGGCGCAUCUGUCAAAAAACAGAUCAUAGUCCCUACACUUUGCGAACAAAGUGCACCGAGAGAUGAAGUCUGAACCAGAAAUAGAAAAAAGGGAACAAAUAUCGCGCGGCAGGAGAUGGGCAACACUUUUCACCGGGGAGAUUCCCCACCUCGUUUAAUCUGGAAUCACGGAACGUCCUUUCCAGGAAAACUGGUCUGGGGGGAGGACGACGUUCCGUGAUCACCAGGGGCCGGCUCCCUACUGUAGGAACAGGCGGUUGGCGAUGCCGGCUCGCUAAUCUUCAAUUUAUCAUUCAGCCGCAAGAGGGGAGACAGAAUGAGAAUGGUCUCAUUCCGGGGCAUGGAUGUGAUCUGGGUUGAUCGUCCCGGAGGUGAAUGAUAUGGAUAUAUAAACACCAUUCUCACCUCCAUCCAUCCUACAUCUCCGGAUUUCAGGAGAAGUCACUUGAUUACCCCCAUCCUUAACUCCUUGUAUAAGCCACCCAAAAUGCACCCCUCCCUCCUCCUCGGCCUCCUGGCCGGCACCGCCCUCGCCGGCACCAUCCGCCGCCCCGGCCGUCCCCGUCCCCAAGCCCCCACGGCCGAAACCCUCUGCCCCAUCGUCUUCGACGGCCGGCCCGACUCCUCCCUCGAACCCCUCGACUUUGACGACUGGAACACCUCCCCCUUCAACCCCGACUACGUCAAAGGCGCCGGCCUCCCCUGGUCCUCCAUCCUCCAGUUCCCCGACAUCUCCCCCCCGGCCCGGUUCGACGACCCGACCUACCAGAAGCCCUUCGAGGUCACCAUCAACGACUCGUCCAUCUUCAACAACCAGCGGGGCUUCCGCCGCGCCGGCCUGCAGUUCCAGGGGGACACCAACCGAGACUCCCCCGGCUCGUCGGGCAUCAAGACGAUCCACUUCUCCCUCAAGUGGGACGCCCAGCGGCCCCUGAACCUGAGCCACGAGUACCUCAACGUGUGGCACGAGACGGCCGACUACAGCGCGAACCAGUUCAACUUUCAGGCCGGCGCCAUACUCGGGCAGAACAGCCUGGCGAGGGACACGUGGAAGGUGCUCAACAGGCAGAACAGGCAGGUCUGGAGCACGCCGAUCCUGAGGAAUGAGUGGCAGAACUUUGCCAUCUCGUUGGACUUUGUCAGAAACACCCUCCGUGUAUACUACAGCAGAGGCUCCGAACCCCUCCGCAGCGUGACCAACGCCCUGACCAACAACAACGCCGGCGAGGGCCAGUACCAAGUCGGCAUCCUCCGCAAGCCCACCGGCACCAGCGACGUCGUCAACUCUGGCUACCACCAGCGCAACCUCAACGAAGGUCUCAUCUACGGCAGCGUCUUUGUCGAGGACGGCGAAGGCGGCUGCGUCUCUCUUUAAUCCCCACCUCAAAAAUGUACAUAAACCAUUAUCAACAUUACAUAAAACAUAUGAAUUCACACCGUUCAUAACUCCCCAUCUUUUUUUUAAAAGCCAGUUCACCAUCUCAAUUUCACCCAAGAGCAGGAGCUCGGCGUUGAGGGGGGUCUUGACGGUCUUGUUCGGGAAGGUCUCCUGCUCGACGUUGAAGUCGAGGGACCAAAAGACGUCUUGCGGGGUGGGGGGGGAGUCGGUGUUGCGGUUGCACCAGAGUGGGUGGACCUCGCCGAUUGUUUCGGUGAGGGAGGUGCCGAUUGUGUG